CUCUUCUGCUUCAGCGCUGCUCGGGGAGACUACGCGAGGCGACUAAUACAACAUCGCAGGAUUUACAAAACCUGAACUCACAUCAUCAUCAGCAUGGCCACCACCAAGUCCUCGUACAAAAGAAUCUUUGGGGGAAACCCCAGAUCAAGCUCGUCUUCGAGUCGUUAUGUGACCCCCAGCACCAGGUACACCCUGGGCAGCUCCGUACGCCCUGGAGGCAGCAGUUUCAGUAGCACCAGGGUAUAUUCAACAUCUGCCUCUCCGGCCAUCUACAAGUCAUCCUCUGUGAGGCUGAGGAGCAGCCUGCCGCCGGCCAGAAAUUAUGACAACGUUGACUUCUCCCUGGCAGAUGCCAUCAACCUUGAGUUUAAAGCCAACAGGACCAACGAGAAGGCUGAGAUGCAAGAGCUCAACGACAGGUUUGCCAACUUCAUUGACAAAGUUCGGUUCCUUGAGCAGCAGAACAAAAUCCUCCUGGCUGAAUUGGAUCAGCUGAAAGGGAAGGGAACCUCCAGAGUUGGAGACCUCUAUGAAGAAGAGAUGAGGGAACUUCGCAGACAAGUGGACCUUCUCACUAAUGAGAAAGCCAGAGUGGAGGUAGACAGAGACAACAUCGAAGAUGAUCUUCAGCGACUGAGAGAGAAGCUUCAAGAUGAAAUCAUACAGAAGGAAGAAGCGGAAAGCAACUUGCAGUCAUUCAGACAGGAUGUGGACAACGCUUCCUUAGCACGCAUUGAUCUGGAACGUAAAGUUGAAUCCCUGCAGGAAGAGAUCGUAUUCUUAAAGAAACUGCAUGAUGAGGAAAUCCGUGAGCUUCAACUCCAGAUUCAGGAUUCUCAUGUCCAAAUUGACAUGGAUGUUGCCAAACCUGACCUUACUGCUGCCCUGCGCGAUGUCCGUCAGCAGUAUGAAAACGUUGCUGCUAAAAAUCUCCAGGAUGCCGAAGAAUGGUACAAGUCCAAGUUUGCUGACCUUUCUGAAGCUGCAAACCGCAACAAUGAUGCCUUGCGUCAGGCUAAGCAGGAGACCGCCGAUUACCGUAGACAGAUCCAGUCCCUCACCUGCGAAGUGGAUGCAAUGAAAGGAUCAAAUGAAUCCUACGAGCGCCAGAUGCGUGAGAUGGAAGAUAACUUUGCUUUGGAAGCUGCUAACUAUCAGGACACUAUCAACCGCCUGCAAGAUGAGAUCCAGAAAAUGAAGGAGGAAAUGGCUCGCCACCUACGCGAGUACCAGGAUCUGCUCAAUGUAAAGAUGGCUCUAGAUAUUGAGAUCGCUACCUACCGGAAACUGCUGGAAGGAGAAGAGAGCAGAAUUAGCAUCCCAGUUCAUUCCUUUUCCACCAUGAGCAUGAGAGAAACCAACCUGGACUCCCACCCAAUUGUGGACUCCCAUUCCAAAAGAACACUUCUGAUCAAGACUGUCGAGACCAGAGACGGACAGGUCAUUAAUGAAACUUCCCAGCAUCACGAUGACCUCGAGUGAAAACUGAAUUCUGUGCCUUUUGGAGCCUAGAACCUUUACCAGCUCAGUAAUCCUGUCUCUUGUGUUUAAACUUCCAAGAAAACCAGCUUUCAAGUGCCUUUCGCAGAUAAUUCAAGAGCCCAAGAUAGACAUCAGCUGUAGGAGAAUUCAUGUAUUGGUUUUCGCAGCGUGAAGUCCCUUUUGAAG